ACCAUGCACACAUGAACCCUGUCAUUAGUAUCGUGCUGGUGAAAGCGUGGCGCUCGCUGGACCGGAGAGGCUGGCGAGGUCUCCAGACACAGAACUCACCAGCUCUCUGUGAACACUUGGAAAAAUAUAACAAAAGCAGCUUCACAGAUUAUAUUCAAUGA